AUGGUAUCACAAUUCAAAAGCAAGAAAUUGGAUCCUGCUACAAAGUCGAAAAUAGAAACAUUAAAGGAAUUGUUCCCCAAUUGGUCCAAUGAUGACCUUAUUGAUUUGGUGCGUGAAUUCAACGAUCUAGAAACUAUAAUUGACAAGAUAACAACAGGAUCAGUAACUAAAUGGGACGAGGUUAAAAAACCAACCAAAAAAGAUAAAUCUGACUACAAUAAUAUCACAAGUAAUCCAUUAUUUCAACAAUAUUUACCUGAUCCUGAAGAUGAAUUAAUAGCCGAAAGAUCUUUAAAGAAUAAACCAAUUAAAAACAGUACAGCAUAUUUGAAACCUAAAGCAAGAGGAGUUACGUUAAAACAAACUACAACUUUAUCGAAUUUAAAUGGUUCUUCCUCAAUUUCUUCAAAACCUGUAUCGAAGAAAACUUCAUGGGCAUCCGUAGUGGCGGCAAAUAAAACCCCAAUUUCUGUACAAAGCACUCCUGAAAUUCAUGAAUCUUCAAAUCCAGUCCCAAUUGUUAAGGAACAAUCUGAAACUGUCAUCGAGAAAAAGAAAAUUAAAAAUUUACCAUCUUUACCAUCGCUUAAUAAUAAUAGUAAUACCACUAUAAAUGGUGGUGGUAUGACCACGGGUUCAAUUACAACGAAGAAAAUGUCUUGGGCUGCACUUGCUAAACCAAAACCGAAAAGUAUCGAAAAAGUUAAAGAAACUACUCCGAAUGGCAGUCCUCUAGAAAAUUUGGAAUCUUUGAAGUUGAAUAUCAAUAAAGUAGCAGAAGAAGAACAAGAAGAACAGGAGGAGGAAGAGACGUCAAGUGAAGAGGAAGAAACCUCUGAGGAAGAAGAAACAUCAAGUGAAGAGGAAGAAACAAGUGAAGAAGAAGAAUCCAAUGAAGAAGAAGCGUCAAGUGAAGAAGAAGAAUCCGGUGAAGAAGAGGAAUCGGGUGAGGAAGAAGAAUCGAGCGAAGAAGAAGAGGAGGAAGCACCAAAGGUGAAGAAAUUACCUCAGAAGGUAGUUAAAGAAGCUGAAUCCAGCGAAGGGGAGGGGGAAUCAAGUGAGGAAGAAUCUACUGAAGAAGAGGAAGAAGAAGAAGAAACUAAGGAGGAACCAGAGACACAAAAACCAGUUAAACCUGAAACAGGCAGAAGGUCUGAAGAUAAUGUCCCAGCAUCUGCUCCCACUGAUAAAAUAAGUGAAGAAUCUUCAAAAACUGUUCCACAAACAGCAGUAUCUCAACCAAAUACGGAAGUUCCUCAAAAUUAUGCCUUACCUCCACAACCACAACCACAACAACAAAAUAUUCAAUCCAAAUCACUAUCUCCUGUUCCACAAAACCCGGCUAUGACAGCUGCUCAACAAUCAUACUACAUGUAUCAACAUCAAUUCCCGGGUUAUUCGUAUCCCGGUGUAUUUGAUGGUCAAAAUUUCGCGUAUGGUCAACAACCUAUGCAAGGAAAUCCAAUGAAUCAAUAUAAUAUGCAUAUGGGUUAUGAUCAACAACAAAUAAAUGGAUCAGAAGUACAAUCUAAUAGCAAUCAACCCCCACCAAAUGCCAUGAAUGUUGCUGGUAUGCCAGAUCAACAAGGGCAAGGUCAAAGCCCAGUUCAACAACCAUACGGAAGUUCAUUUAUACCCUAUUAUGGACAACAUUUCUACCAACAAUCUUUCCCAUAUAACCAACCACAUUAUGGUGGCCAAUAUGGAUAUCAAAACCCAAAUGCUGUUAAUUACAGCAACUAUUAUUAUCAAAACGCUACACAGUAUCCAAAUGGUCAACCUGGCCAACAGGGUCAAGAUAACAGACAAGAAUUGAAGAAAAAUGAAACAUCUGACAUGGCUGAAGCUCAAAACAGAUCUCAAUAUCAACAAUAUUAUCAAUUUCAACAACAACAACAACAGCAACAACAGCAAGCAGCUCAAUAUCAACAAAUGCCACACCAAGGACAACAACAACAAAGCACUUCCUUAAACCAGCAAGGAGCUACUCCACAAGGUGGUUCUUAUGAUUAUAGUAAUUACAAUUACAGUGCUAGAAAUACUGGAAACUUCUUUUAA